GCCAAUCAGAAAACGCCAUCAAAACGUAAACACGACUGCGUCGUAGGCAUACAUCUGUCAGCAGAAGAACAGCUGAUUCGAGAAAAACAUUGCAGAAAAUUAACAGAUUUUCACUGAAAUUUGUCGAAGUUUCCAAGGAAAGUGAUAGUCAUUGAUAGAAGGACAAUUCUGGUACAGAGUCAGGUAGCAAGAUGCUGACAAGUGUUGCUAGCUAUCUGUUCGGGGGCUCUGGUGCCGAAGAGACGGAGACCACGCCAGUGAAUCUGGAGACCAAGCCUGCACCCGACCAGGACUGGGUUCUUGUGGACGUCCCAGAUACAGCAUGCAAACCUACAACUUCACCACAAGCAGAAAUUCUUGGUCACACAAAAUGUUGCCGACAUGUGCGAAUAGCAAAUCCUGUAAAUAGUGACAGUGAUUCUGAAACUGCCUCCAAUUGUCAUCCGGCUAGCCAAACACCAUCCACUCCCGGCUCCUUGAGCCCUGUGGGACAUUCCAGAUACUGUUUGAACGCUAAAAUUGGUUUUCAUGAAAGUUGGAUUCUUACACCUCCUCCAUGUUUCACUGCAGGCGGCGCCACAUCUUCCCAGGUAGGGAUGGAUCCCAUGGAAAAUCUUCUCAUAGAACAUCCUAGCAUGUCUGUUUACAACAGUCAUUGUUCUGGAGGAAGUGCAGGCGAGGAAAGUGACUUGUCCGAGUCUUCCACAGAUAAUAUUUCUAGAACAAUACAAAAACGUGGUCUCCGUCCAAGAAAUGCCAGUGGCAUUGUUGUGCAGCAGUCACCACGCAAGCCACAGGCUGUGGCAGCAAGGGCUGGGAUCAUCACUCAGACUGAUUCCUUCAAGUCCUCCCAAAGGUCAAAGCAGUACAAGGAGACUCGUCGCCUAACACGGGCCACCCUUGUCAGGCAAAAUCAGACCACCAGACUGAACUCGGCUGCCAAACGUAGGGAUAACCAUCAGCGCAUCAACUGUCCAAAGAGUUCUGUCAUGUCCUACCAGGCCAAGCACUAACAUUUUAGACUGUCUAGGUAUAAGUGUUGACCCAUCAAAUGUAGCCCUUAUAGCUCUGACUGGUUGUUGUUAAUGUUAUAUAUAUAUAUAUACAGUUCUUUAGUUAACACCCAGGUUUAUUAAAAAGGAACUAUUUUGCUGACUUUACUAUUUGUAUAUCUGUAUAUGGUCAGUUGUCAGUGUUAACCUGUUUAUUUGUUAUAAAUCCAUUCAGUUGUUAUUUCAGUGAACACAAGUUUUUUAAAGGGCUGAUAAGAAUGCAGUAAAGAGUGUUAUUUUUACCAGACACUACCAUUUUACAAAUGUAUAUAUGGUAUACAAUACUUAUACUGCCACAUGGGAUAUGAAAACAGCUUUUAAUAGAAAUAUUAUACAAAAUAAACAUUCUGGUGCUUUGCAAUGUGCUGUUAUGAAAAUAAAGCUUCAUAUUUUAUUGAAGAUGAUCCUUAUAUUUAAAUUAAUUUUGAUUGAACUGAAUUUUAUACAACAGUUAUAACUGCCCUAAACAUGAUUUUGACAAGGUAUUUUCAUCUUUUUUUCAGGGUAUAUCAGAUCUGAAUUAAAAUAACUUAUAUAUGUAUAUUAGUUAAAACAAUGUUCAAAAUUAAUAGUAAAAUAAUAUUUAACUGCCAACACUCGAUAUCCCUUCUGAAGAAAGAUUAAAUAUGUGUAUCACACAAGUAAAGAUUGCAUCUCCAAUAUGCACAAGCACGUUUUAAAAUCUGAGUGAGCUGAAAUACAACAGCUAGAUAUCGUUUGAAAUUAAUAUUCAGUUACUUAGUUUGUAUAGAUAUGCAUGUAGUUUUAAUUUUAAUAUUGUGCAAAUAAAUGUUUUUAUUUUCACAGUUAUCUCAGAGUAUUGCUAUUAAAUGAAAAUAAGAAUUUAAAUGUUUAAACCAUUUCAUUGAGAAAAAUUCAUUAAAAGAUCAUAUCUCAAUUAUAAUGGUAAAUUCUUACUAGGUGCUGACCUCGAGAAACAAUACCCAGUAAGAUUUGGUCAGUUUUGUCCUCAGGUAAAUCAAUAUGGUGCAUUAACCAUCAUGUUCAGUAGUUAGUCAAUACAGGUACUCCAACAUCAGUAAUUAGGCAAUACAGGUACUCCAACAUCAGUAAUUAGCCGAAACAGGUAAUCCAACAUCAGUAAUUAUUUAGUCGAAACAGGUAAUCCAACAUCAGUACUUCUACAUGCCAUACCCUAGUUUUGUUAUGAUAGUAUGAUUGUCAUAAUUAUAUGUAAGUCUUGAUAUAGUCAAAUUAAAUAAUAAUGUAAUUCUGCUGGGAAAAUGUAAAUAAUUGAACAAAUCAGCUUAAACGUUUGUUGUUGUAAAUAGCAAGUUGUUUGAUAUUAAUAUAUUGUCUUCUUUUGUAAAUUGAUAUACACUAAAUCCUAUGGCAGAUAAUUUAUUGUUGAUCAUGAAAAACAUAACAUUGUGUCUGUUAGAGUGUGCAAUAAUAUAUAUAUAUAUUGUUGAAUAACAAGUUAAGUGAUGAUGGAGUGGACAAUACUAACUUGUACAUACAUCACCUUAUGAGUUGUCAUACUGUAUAUAGAGGUCAUUCAUUCAAAUGUGGAAAAUAUCCAACAGCUAGUUUCAAGGAAAUUAUUUUCAAAUUGUACCAAGCAUUGAUUUAUAUUCAUGUAUAUUUUUUUUAUCAAUUUUUGCACCUGUUAUUGACUUUGAUGUGCAAAUUAAAAUAAAAAGAAUUCUGAUAAUGAAAUAUUAUGUUUCCAAUCCAUAAUCCAUUUCAUAAUCUUGUACAACACCACUGCAUGUUAUCCAACUGCUUUUGUUAAUUGCAUGAAUGUGUCCGCUUAGCAAAUAUCCGCCCCACUUCAAUUUGUUAGCUCAUAUCAACAUUUGUUGGAUCUUCAUAUGUUAAAUGUACAGAUGGUAUUGAAUAUUUAAAAAUUGUCCUUGUUAUAAAUAUUGCAUAAAGGCUAUUUAGAUAUAAUUAAUAUGUAAUUGAUAUUUUAAGAAAGUUUUGAAAGCCCGGUGUUGCCAGCUUUACAUCUAGAGCUUUCAAUGUAAAUAAAAGUCAGGGUGUAUCACCCAAGUAAUAUUUCAAUAAUUUGUAAAUCUAUGCAAAAUUUUGUCAAAAUGCAGAGCAUGGAUAAGUGAAAAUGAGUUGUCAUAAAUCAUUAAUAAGAAAUGUGUGAAAAUGAUUGACUUGACCCCAGUACAACAUGGUGGGUCCGAUUCAUUUUGAUGUAUGUUUUAUGUAAUUUCAUUAGAUCAUGAUUUUUGGGUAUUAGCUUCAAUUUGAAAAAGUGCGAGUGUGAUACAACUGCUUCUGUCGCUGAAGACACUAAACUUAUGAGAGUAAUGUCCCUUUGCAGGGAUUUGUGCAAGUAAAAACGGCUGCCCAACUUUGCCACAUUGUCUCAGGUGGCUGCAACCUGCCUUUUAUAUUGUUACACCUCAGGGAGUGGUUACAAGUGGCAUUUUUGUUUGCGAAAAAAAUCUCUGUUGUCUGACUAAAGCUUAUUUAUACAGUGACAACUUGCCAUCUCCAGUCAUGCAAUCACUGUUGCUCAAACAAUAUAUAUCUUAUCAUUAACUGUUUUUCUCUGUAGGUUUAUUUGUUUUAAAUUAUUAAUUACUGUAAGCUAGUGUGGCAGAAAGUUGAUGCAGAUUGCCGAUCUGAUUGUAAUAGGGCGUGUUGUGUGUAGUUAUCAGUGUAGGUAGAGGCUAGGAGUAACAGAGAGGAGUUGCAACAAGCAAUUACAUCAGAGAUAUUGUGAGACUAAAAACCUCAUAUUUGCAUAUAUUGUUAAAAACAAUAAAAAAAUGUUUUAUUAUGUUAAA